AUGAAGAAACUGUUGGAGGAAAUGAACAACUUGUCUACUAAGCAUGUGUGUAAUUCUCAAUGUGUGUGUGGAGCCAAAGAGCUCAUGUAUAAAGCUGAGCAGGAUAGAAGACUAAUCCAGUUUUUGAUGGGCCUAAAUGUGGUGUAUACAAUCAUUAGGGGCAGUAUACUAAUGAUGAAUCCCCUUCCUUCCAUGGGACAAGCUUUUGCAUUGCUUGUGCAAGAGGAGAAAAAAAGAGAACUUAGGCCAGAUAAUCAAUUGUUUACUGAAUCCACUGCCUUAGUAGCAAGUACCUCAGGAACAAAGAACCAGAGGAUAGACCAUACCACAGGAAACUAUGUUAAUCAUGUAGCUUUGAUAGCUAGUAGUUCAGGAACAAGAAACUUCAGGACAAAUUACACACGAGGAAACUAUAAUGGGAACAACAGAUCCAAGUUAUUUUGUGAGCAUUGUAGGAAGCCAGGACACACCAAAGAUAGGUGCUACAAAAUACAUGGAUAUCCCUCUCAAAACAAUCAAGGUCAUACACCUCAGAACUACACCUCUUUUAAUGGCAACAACAACUAUAGACCUCAGGGACAGAACUCAUACCAAGGUAAUCCAAGAGGGCCAAACAAUAGUUACAAUAACAGGUUCAACAACAAGGGAAAGGGAAUAGUGGCAAAUACACAUGGAAUGACUUCAGAAGGUGCAUCUGUCAACAAUGACAAUUAUCAGGAACAGUAUGAAAACUAUGCUCAGAACAAUAUGCAAGGUACUAUAGCUUGCACCUCCUCUAUAGACUUUGCUAAACUCUCAUGUGGAUGUUUCAAAGAUAAAGCUGACUUGUGGAUAUUAAACUCAGGAGCAUCUCAUCACAUGACAUUUAGUAAAGACCAAAUGACAAAUAUCUUGACACUGCCCUAUCCACUAUUAGUAAGACUUCCAAAUGGCUAUAAAGUGAAGGCCCCUUCAAUAAAGAGGCCUCUGGAGAUUGGUAGUGUAUAUGAUGCGCUAUAUCUUCUAUGCUCAGAGUGUUUGAGGAAAGACACAGCUGUUGCAGCUUCUAAGUUCUAUGUCUCAAGUGUUUCUCCUAUUACAGGUCAUGUUGAUUCUGAGUCUUGUGGUUCUCCUAGCAUAGGUCAUGUUGUUUCUAAGUCCUAUGUUUCAAAUGACUCUCCUAGUGUUGGUCAUGUAAAUAAAGUGCACUGUGAUUGUCAUUCCCAUUCCUGUCACUCCCCAGUUGUAAAUGAUCCCAUUUCAAGUGAUAAUAAGGAUAGUGCUUUACUUUCUACUGCUCAUGGUAAUGCAUCUGAUCUGUUGUGGCACUUCAGACUUGGACAUGUUUCUUUUACUAAAAUGAAGGUAUCAUCUCAGUUUCCUGUAAUUCCUACUGUCUUACCUGUUGUUGAUAAUUUUAAUUCUCCUGCUGUACCUCUAACAAGUCCUAUACAGAAUGAUCAGACAAGUGAUAACAUUAUGCAUCCUUCCUCACCAUCUACCACUGCAAGCACACACCAACAACAUACUAAUACUGACCUACUGCCACUAGGAUCACCAAUACAUAUGACAGCACCUAUUCAAGAACAACCCACUCUUCAAUCAUACAUAGAAACCAGGAAGUCUCUUAGACCAUCCAAAACACCAUCUUAUUUGCAUGACUACAUACACACCAUACCUCAGUUAAAACUAGUUGAUCCAUCGUCAUUGCAUGCUUCAUUCUCUUUACAUAAUUACAUAAACUCUCAUGCUCUAAUUUCUGACAGUCAGCAUCUUAUAAGAAACAUCUUUCAUGACUGUGAACCAUCUUUUUAUGAGGAAGCAGCUAUGAAUCCUGCUUGGCAGGCUGCUAUGACACAGGAGUUUGAAGCUCAUGCCAAUAACACUUGGGACCUGGUUCCUUUGCCAAUAGGAAAGAAACCAAUAGGCUGCAAAUGGGUGUAUAAGAUUAAACAAAAAGCAGAUGGGUCCAUAGAGAGGUUCAAGGCUAAAUUGGUAGUGAAAGGUUAUACCCAACAUCCUGGCAUUGACUACACUGAGACCUUCUCACCUGUUGUCAAAAUGACAACUGUUAGAACACUUAUUGCAGCAUUAGUUAAGAAAAACUGGGAGAUAUUCCAGCUUGAUCUGAAUAAUGCAUUUUUGCAUGGUGAUUUGCAUGAAGAAGUGUAUAUGACCCUUGACCCUUCCUCAGGGCCUAGACACUGGUGCUACAGAACUAGUGUGCAAAUUAAACAAGUCCCUUUAUGGGUUGAAACAGGCUAG